UGUACGACUCCAAGACUAUUGCUGUCUCAGAGACAGCAGCUUGUAUGGAGGACUUCUCUAGCCUCCAGCCAGGAUGCACAUUCAGAAUCAUUGGACAUGGCGAUGGUAAUCAGAUCUAUGAACUUAAGCUAGAAGACGGUGACCACAUUCCAUUUGAAGAACUAGCCAAUCGACUCAGUGUGGGAGACAUCCAGCUCCAAGCUAAUGAUGCUUCAUUGACAUUUAUACAAGAGCCAGGCAGCAGGUACAGUGUCAUUCAGCAGCAGGAAGUUGAUACAGCCAGUCAUCAGCCAGCAGAUGCUAGCACAUCACCAGAGCUGCUACAGAGAACUCAUCCACACAAACCCAGUCAAGAGGCACAUGAGGAACCCAGUAUGCUACCAGUCUCUAAAGAAGAGGCUGGAGACCUGAACUCAGGGGAAAUGACAGUAAAUAUCUAUCACGAGGACACAAAGCUUUCCACCAAUGCUACAACUGAAAAAACCCAAACACUGUCAGAAAAUUGGAGUCUGCCUAUUAAAACAACUGUGGAACCUUUUAGUGAAGCCUCCGAUUAUAUUUACAAUCCUGAUCUAAACAGCCAGGACUAUUACAACUGGCUUUCAACAUUUACAGAAGAAUGUAAAUUGUUAUCUUUUCCUCUGGAUAAAAGCACCUUCCAGAAGAUAAGCCAUGUGCAGAAAACUCUGUCAGACUUUAUGGCUUCGCCUUCAGGAGUCAUAACCGAUAAAAACAAUUUUAGAGUGCUCAUGAGUAUUAGCCAGGACCUUCUGGACAUUAUAGGCAAACAUCUGGCCCUGAUGUUGGAGAAUCUACCAUGA